AUGAGUCUAAUGAAGCUCAUCGCUUUCACUUUCACUGCAUUGCUUCUCAACUUGAAAACCGCCUUGUCGUUAAAAUGUCACCAAUGCAAUGGCUGGUUAGGCAGCUAUCCACCAAGAUUUACUCAGACGAGUACCUGCGACAACCGGAACAACCAUUGUGAAACAAACAAUUACUGCGUGAGGAUACUGGACUCGAUGAAUCCUGGAGUUGAAUAUGUCACGUUCAAGAGCGAUUGCUAUUACCAGACAAACUUACAAGUUAACCCUCAAAAUCUGUCAUACGUCCAGAGUGGAUCAUGCUUCCCGUAUCAAGACGCAUCUGCGCCAGUUAAAAGGUGGUUCUACUGCUUCUGCAACGACCGAGACUAUUGCAACACUUCAUCCACUUAUGUAUCGACCUUCUUUGUGCUGAUUAUUGUGUUGUUGAAAUACUUCUUAAUAUAA